CUCCCGUAUAUGCGUUCUCCUUGAUUUCGAGGAUUCCGUGAUUUUCAGUUGAUGACGUAAAACCGUAGUCUCAUAUGUGUUUUCUUCCGUUUAGUGCCAGUAACUGGAAAGAGGAUAUCGCGCCUGCAUUUCACGAUAAGAGGAAACGCAUACGUUCCUUGCUAUGACUUUUCAGACCAUUGGAAUAAUUCCAUAGUUGAAAAAUUGUGAGAAAACCUAUCAUGGAGUCUGAAACAGGUACUACCAACACGAAGAUAUCAGAUUCAGCGUAUUCCAAUAGCUGCAGCCACACCAACUCACAAAGGAGUGCAAGUUCCAAGUCUAGACAUAGCGGAAGCAAUUCUAGCAGAAGCAGUGGUUAUUGCGGAGCUACGAAUCCAGAUGGCAGCUCUGUCGCUGCUACCCAAUUAUCGAAAAGCAUUGAAGAGGAUGAGCACAAGAAUAAGAAGCCAUUUGGUCAAAGACUGGCUCCAAUUCCAUCUUCGAAAUCUCCUUCAGCAGUCAUCAGAGAGUCAACAAAUGUUGACGAUAACCAGCCAGCAGAAAAGGUCACGGGUGACGUUGCAGCGACUUCACCUACGCCAAAAGACAUAUCAACAUCUCUCAUAGAAGAUUCGAAUAACAAAGCAAAUGAAGAAGAAAACAAAGUUUUCCAAGCGGACACAACUAAAACAGCUAAACCUUCUCUGCCAGAAAAAAUCCUCCCUUACUGGUGUGAACAAAACCAUCACCAGGCAUCACCGAAGAAUGUGCCUAUCAAGGAAACAAUAGAACCCGAAGUAGAACCUAACGAUGAGCACUUGUAUCAACCGCAGGACGGUUUCUGCUGUGUUAUAUCCAUGUAUGAUGGAGUAGUACUGCAUACUACCCCCAGUUUGACAUCUGUGUUGGGGUUCCCCAAGGACAUGUGGCUAGGCCGAUCUUUCAUCGAUUUCGUUCAUCCCAAAGACAGGAAAACGUUUUCCAGCCAAGUUACCUCAGACAUUGCACACCCACUGAUAGACUCAGAUGAAAAAUACAAAAAUUACAACAAUUGCCUUUAUGUGUGUCUGAGGAAGUAUCGUGGAUUGAAGUCAGGGUUUGGAGUGGUGGAGAAGGCAGUAGCUUAUCAAGCAUUUCAACUAACCGUUAGAUUCAAACAAAUCCAGAAUGCACCUGAAAUGGAAAACCACAGCGGAAUGUUCUUAGUUGUUGCUGCUGUUCCUGUUUAUACAUCCUAUAAAGUUCCUGACGAAAGAAGAAAAUCCCCAAAAUUCGGAAUGCGGCAUACAGCUGCCUGUCUUUUCAGUCACGUGGAUCCAGAUGUGGUGACGAAUUUUGGAUUCUUUCCACAGGACAUGUUAGGAAAAUCGAUUUUCGAUUUCUAUCAUCCAGACGAUAUGCACUCUCUCAAGGAAAUUUACGAAUCUGUGAUGACAAUGUGCCAAAAAGCCGGAUCUGUGUAUCGUAGCAAGCCUUAUAGAUUUGCUGUGAAAAAUGGCGGUUUCGCUAUGAUCGAGACGGAAUGGUCGAGCUUUGUUAAUCCAUGGUCCAGGAGAUUAGAAUUUGUCAUCGGAUUACACAAAGUAUUGCAGGGUCCCCCUAAUCCAGAUAUAUUCCAGCCUCCAACUAAAGAUGAUAUGAAGAAUGUUUCGGAGGAAUUACUCGAUGAAAGCAAAACCAUUAGAGGAGAAAUCUUGAUCUUACUGAAUAAGGAACUUCCUCGUCCGACUGAGGCAGUCAAAUAUGAAGUGUCGAAACGUUGUAAAGAUCUGGCAAACUUCAUGGAGUCCCUCAUGGAUGAGGUAAACAAAUCUAAUCUACAAAUAGACUUACCACAAGAGUUAGAUCCUACCAUCUCGGUAAGUUUGAGAAGGAGGGAACGAGGUUCUGUCAUGCUGGGUGAAAUUUCUCCCCACCACGACUAUUGUGAUAGCAAAAGUUCGUCCGAGACGCCCCCUAGCUACAAUCAGCUGAACUACAACGAGAAUAUCCAGAGGUUCUUCCAGAGCAAGCCGAACACUACUGUUUCUGACGAAAACAAUGGAGCCAUGCAGGGAGAUACAUUUGUUGAUGACAAGAGAACUAAAGAUAAUCAGAAACGUCUUUCACCUAUACGGAAAAGUGGUACUUCUGGAAGUGGUAGUGCAGGAAACCUGAGUUCAGUGAGCAAUGUGAACAUUGAAAGUGGUACUGCUAGUCUCACUAACACGUCGAAUGAUUCCUACAAACCUCCUCAUCUUACGGAAUCCAUAUUAGUCAAGCAUAAUGAAGAUAUGGAGAAGAUCAUGAUUAAAAAACACCGUGUACAAAGAUCUAAUAUCAAAGACAGAGACAGUAAAAAGUCCCAUCAAAAACUAGAUAAGAUCAGUGCGACAGAUAGAAGUAGCUUUGAGAAAAAUGAGCAACUUCUUGAUGGAUAUGCCCAUGGUAUCAAAAGGUGUGGUACCCAUUCGAGAGACGGAGACAAUCAUAAGGUUUCCAAACACAAACAUCAACCCGGAGUGACCAAAGAUAAAGACGAAAACGGCACUAAUGGAAACGACGCCCCAGUCAAACCAGUGAACAAUCAGAAUCAACCUACUACCAAUACCAUGGCAGUUAACGAUACCAUUUAUCAAUCAGGGUUGAAUAAUGUGGACUUGUGGCCUCCAUUUUCUGUAACAGUCACUUCCAUGACAAACGAGCAGCCUCGCAACAUCACCGCAACAUCUGCAGCCCCAGGAGGUUUUGCAACUGGGAUGCUACCCAUUUAUUAUAUUCCCACUACACACCAAAGGACGAUACCUGGACCAUUUAUCGGUUAUGGAGGAUCCAGAUAUCCAGUUCAAUAUAUGCAUGCUGGUAUGCUGUACAAUCAUAACACUCCCAUGUAUCCAUCAUCUCCAAUCAUGUGUCCAGCAAUGCCUAUGCUACCUCUUCCGAUGGUGCCUCCGAUGACACCUGUCAAUCCUACUGACACUUUGUUAAUGGGGAACGUACAACAACAAGUUAGUUAUCAAGUCGGUUCUCACGGUCAGACUACCGAUAACAAACCAGAUAUACAUAACGCCCCCUUUGCACCCCGCAAUUCUACACAAUUGCAGAGGUCGGUCUCUCAAGCUACUUCAGUUAGAGCAGAACCAGGAAGUGCUUUGGGUUCCAUUACCAAUAAGAUAACAACUGAACCCGCUGUAUCUGGGAAUGAAAUGAAUUUCAUGAGCUGCAACAACAAUAAUAACAUCGACGAGUCAAGUAGCUGUUGUUCUUUUUCUUAUUCUUCAUUCCUGAAAACUGAUGCAGGUUCCGGUUCCAAUGACGAUACCAACAUGAUGGAUACCAGAACCAACAAGAGUGAAGAAAACACUUGGAAAGGUCGAAGGAACUACCCGAUUCGAAAGAAGGACCCACCAUGGCUAGAAUCCGUCCAAGCAACCCCUGAUCUGAUAUACAGGUACCAAAUGACCGUCCAAGACCUGGAAGACAUCCUUCAGGCAGACCUGAAGAGGCUCAAAGAAACCAAUCAGCCAAUGUUGGUGAAUGAUCAGUUGCAACAACUCUACAUCGAUUUGGAGUUGGAAGGUAUGUCCAAGACAUUGUCCCUAGAAGAAGGUAUCACCUCAAGCAGUAGUAGCUGUGAUGAAUUUGUAUGUUUCGUUAAGCCAAAGAAAAAGAGGAAAUCUUUUAGUUCUCUCGUGAUGAUCUAUGAAGAAAAUGCUCCGUUUCCACCACCACCACAUUAGUGAAGUGAACGAUAUGAGGCCAAUUUGAUAAAUUUAUAUUUUUAUAUGACACAGUUUAACCUGCACAUAUUGUGGAGAAGUUUGAAAAGAAGAACACUUUUCUACUGAUAUUUUAUAAAAAAGAAGAUAUUGGAGAUGUUUAUAUCCAAUGAACAUACUGGUUUAUAUGUGAUUUCUUUUUGAAUUUUGCGAAACAGAAUUCCAGUUUAUAUGAAUUGUUAUCACAACGUUUUAUAAUGAAUCAUCACCAUGAUGUGAAAGAAUAUCACCUCGAGUAUCACUUAUAGUUAGGUACUUACACUUUUUGAUGCGAAAAAGUAUAUAAUGAAACUGAAUUGUUGACUAUGUACUGAAAUCAGACUAUAUUAUAUUUUAUGAGUAAAUAA